AUGAAUACCCUGGAGAAAACGGAUCCAGGUGCUGGUGGCCACCGAAAUGCUGGCUCGAAUUCAGCAAAUGCCAUUGCUGCGGCAUUGGUGCCGACGCUCAUCACAGCGGCUGCCUUCUUGCUCGCUUUCUUGGCCUUGAGGUCGAGGUACAGAAACAUCUACGCGCCCCGGACAUACUUCCGCUCGAUACCCCAGAAGGACAGAACACCUUCCUCCAGUCAUGAUUCGGUGUCCUGGUACCACGAUUUCCGCGCCCUGGAUGACAAGUUCGUGCUUCGUCAUUCAUCCUUGGAGGCUUAUCUCUUCUUGCGGUAUCUACGCAUGAUCGUCCUGAUCUGUGUAGUAGGUUGCUGUCUGACCUGGCCGAUUCUCCUCCCCGUCAACUAUACCGGAGGGGGUGACUCGUCUCAACUUGACAAGCUCUCGUUCAGCAAUGUCCUAGGUGGCAACCGACUAUAUGCACACGCCAUCAUUGGGGGCCUCUUCUUUGCAUUUAUCAUUCUUCUGAUGACUCGAGAGAGACUCUUUGUCGUGGGGCUACGUCAGGCAUACCAAAAAGUCCCUUUAAACGCUACUCGAUUGUCUUCGCGGGUAGUUUUGUACCUGUCUGUCCCACCGGAAGGCCUACGUGAGGAGAAUCUCCAGCGUUACUUCGGGAAAGAUGCGGUCAGGUCAUGGGUGGUUUCAAAUCUGAGCCAUCUCGAAAAGCUCGUCGCCAAGAGAGAUGGCAAAAUCGACAGUCUUGAGGGCCUGGAAGUGGAACUGUUGAAAAACGCAAACAAGGAGAAAGGCAAUGAACGCAACGAUCGUGAGGCUGUUGCACGCAGUUCUCAUGGACCGGUCGAGCCCGAGAUUGACCGUCAUAAACCGAGGUCGAAGUCGAAAUACAUCUUUGGGGAUGAUAUCGAUAGCAUCGCGAAACUACGCGCCGAGCUCUCCGGAUUAAUAUCCGACCUCGACCACAUCCGGCAGACAGACUCAGACGAGCCGAGCAAGAGAACCGGGGCCAUUUUCGUCGAGUUCAAAGACCAGGCUAGUGCCCACGAGGCUUUCCAGGUUGUGCGACACCCAUCACCGUUAUCCUUGCAGCCGAAAUAUAUCGGCGUUCAACCAAAAGAAGUUACAUGGAAAAACCUCAAUAUCGAGCCGUCGCUGCGGAUCACCUAUUCCUACAUGGCGAUUGCGCUGGCCGUGGCAACAAUCAUUCUGUGGUCGAUCCCCGUCGGAAUCAUUGGCACAAUAUCCAACAUCCAAUACCUAGCGGACAAAUUCGCAUUUCUGCGGUUCAUCAACAACCUCCCAGAGCCCAUCCUAGGUCUUCUGACGGGUCUUCUCCCGCCGCUCCUCCUCAGCACUGUGGUGUCAUACGUCCCGUAUUUCUUCCAGUACAUGGCAAGUCUGUCAGGACAGCCAACGACCAAAGAAGCCGUGAAGUGGGCACAGACAUGGUACUUUGUCUUCCAGGUGGUCCAAGUGUUUCUCAUCACCACAUUCUCAUCCGGCGCCGCCACCCUUGCAAACCGACUCGCAAACGAUCCGACUUCUGCCCCAACACUACUAGCGAAGAACCUGCCAAAGGCGUCCAAUUUCUAUCUGACCUACUUCAUAAUCCAGGGUCUUGGAACUGCAUCCAACAACGUGCUGAACUAUUCCGACCUUCUGUCCUUUUUGUUCUAUUACAAAUUCAUGUCCAAGACCCCCCGGCAGAAAUUCAACACAUACUCGAAAAUGAAAGGCAUCAGCUGGUUCAUCGUGUAUCCCAAAUUCACCAACCUGGCCGUCAUCGCCAUUGCCUACUCAUGCAUCGCUCCACUGGUGUUGGGCUUCGCGGCAAUUGGCAUCUUUCUGUUCUAUCUCAGCUACCGCUACAACCUGCUGUACGUGAUCCAAGUCAAGACCGAAACUCGCGGCGAAAGCUACAGUCGAGCACUCCAGCACAUGAUGACCGGCGUCUAUCUGGCAGAGCUGUGUCUGAUAGGUCUCUUCGGAACCAAAGGCGCCGCUGGGCCAUCGACCAUAAUGACGAUCCUUUUGGCCGCCACGGCCGUCCAUCACUACACCGUGAACAAAUACCUUGCACCGCUGGAGCAAUACUUGCCACUUGAGAUCUUGUCCGAUGAGGACGAGGAGCAGCAACCACUUUUAGGUGGUGGUGGUGGCGGCGGUGGUAGUCAUGGCGGAGAAGGAGAACGAGAAGAAGAAAGAGCAAGGAAUCAAUCCCGCAUCUACAAAAUCGGCCGCAAAGGAAAAGUGCCCACCGUCCUACUCGAUCCCCUAGCGAGGUAUCUAGAACCCAACAUUUUCGCUUCCGAAGAAGCCCUGCGUCCUUGGCUCGAAGAUCCCGAGGCCGAGUACGAUGAGAGCAAUUCGUACAGCGACGACCAGCUCAAGAAUGCAUAUCGAAACCCGGCCUUGACUUCAAAGACGCCGACGGUCUGGUUGCCACGAGACAGAAAGGGUCUUUCGAAGCAUGAAGUGGCGGAAAACGAAAAGGCCGGUCUGCCUAGCACGGAUGAUGGGGCCGAACUCACGGCGGACGGCGAGAUUGUCUGGAACUGUGAGGACUUUACGACCGUGCCUAUUUUCAAGGAAGCUACGCGGUACUAA